GUGAGUCUCGCUGCUGUUUUACCCCUUCGACAGCUGUUCAGCGAAUUUUACAACUCAACUUCUACUCGACCCGAAGGAGCCGGUGAACGAAGAUGGCCGGCGCUGAAGCUGAGGCCGCAGUCCCACUCGCUAUAGAAGAACUGGUCUUACGCCUUCGAAUCCUGCUACCUCCCCUCCUGUGCACCCAGCAGGCCUCUUGGGAACAAGGUGUAGCGGCACACGUGAUCCUUGCCUGCCAACAAUUCUGGGACAGAAUAUGCCCGCCUGUCCCUCAGCCAUUCGAUUUCAUCAGCCUCAUUUAUGCACUGGCCCACGAAUCAGUCGUACGGCAGGCACCUGACGGACGGCUGGGCGUCCUUCUGAACGGAGACGGCUCAACUGAUCUAGGUGCCGCUGAUCCUGCCAGCAUGGGGCCACGACAUCCUCGACGACCACUCAACGUUUGUCGAGACGAACCUGUCCCAGAUGCUCACCUACACUAUCUUCCGCCUCGCUCUCCUCCGCAGACGCGCUUCAGAGCUCCAGUUGUCGGGCCCGUACAACUUACCGGAGCUCGUCGACGAUGAGAUGAACGGGUGGCUGCAUACGGCGGAGCAGAUGCGCAAGGCAGCAGUGGGUAAGACGGAUGGGUGGGGCUUCGUGCGAGAUGUUUGUGGGAGCCCCCGUUUCGACGAGAGUGGCGGCUGGUCGAGGUUAUCGAUAGAGAGCUUGUUCUCGUCGAGUGAGCGCGUAAAUGUCGUUCUAUUCCCUCGAUACACAGGACCAAUUGACCAGAGGUUGCUGCCCGGGUUGUGCCCGGCGCCGCAUUGCCCUGCAUGCCGUCGAGGAUGCCCGUUGCUGAUCAAGAGACUGCACGAGAGCACGGUGGUGUGCACUCCGAGAUCCGCGGGCGCAUACCACUUGUCGGAGAGGAGGAAGAGCACACCGGGGAGGUUGAAGGCUGCCUCGACAAAGCCCGGCCGAGGAAGAAGCGCCUGACGAGCGCAGCAACGAAGCUGUUUCGAGACUCAUUGCGUAGGCAAUAGGAUAAAUGGAGAGGCAACUUGGUGAUGA